AUGCAGAUCGAUCCGGCUGCUCUGAGUCGGACAGACUCGGCCUCUACUACAAUAGCCUCGUCCAAAAGCACUGCUCCAAAUGCUCCGCCAACGCAGAAGUCUACCAAAGCCCUCAUUUCCGUGCCGCGCCUGGACCUCGAGCCCAUCUACACCGAGCUGAAGGCCGCCAUCGGUGACAAUUGGGCCGACUACAAAGAAGCUACCUCGCUCUUUCUUCUAGAGUCUAUCUAUACUGUUGUUCUCGACAUUCCUGUCUCCUCUUAUCUUCUUAUAAGCCUCGGUCCCACUUUUACCCUGAAUGCGUAUGCUGACGCCGCCCUUCUCUCCCAACGAACAGGACAACUGAACCAGAGCGAAUUGUCGUCGCGAGUCGAUCAUAUAAUAUGCGCCGAUCAAAAAACUGAGCAUCUACAUAACAAUUUCGUAUGCGCGAUUAUCGGCAAUCUUACAAGGGAUCUUCCAGAUCAUGGUGUCGCAAGUUGGGUGUCGGCAAACGACAAGCCGUCCGUCGUGUCAAAGCCGACAUCGGGCGAUGCCGCUGAACAAAGACUCAAGACGGAGGUUAUGCAACUCCCUCCCCGGGAUCGUCGACGAAUCAAAGCUAUCCCCGAGCGUGACCCCCAUGAACUCGCACCCAACGAACUGGAGGAAUAUCAUUUGGCGAAACAGAUCAAGUUGCCAAGUCAAGUACCAGCCAGUGCGGGCGGGUUGAAUAAGACAAACUGGGAACUCGAAAUUCGAAAACGAUAUGCACAGCCUCUGGCGUCAGAGUCCGGCGAAUUCCCGGACGCCGAAUCUAUCCACGCACGUAUGGUUCCCAUUUGCUACGAGGAAUCAAUCGUCAGCGGCGCAAGCCUUCCCUGUGCCGAGUUCAUGGCGAUCGCAACGGAGACUUUUGUCAAGGAAGUUCUAUCCGUGGUAUUCUCGCGGACGAGAUCGAACGGCCCUUCAGGCACAAUCAACGGCAUGAUGAUGCGCAAGUACCGACAGCAGCUCGAAAGUGAGGAACUGGCAUUCACACGAGGAGAGAUCGUCAAGGAUAGCGCGACCGGUCUUCUCCCAGUUGAGGCCAAGGAGGCAAGCACCCGAAAACCCUUGGGCGUGCGAGAUCUCCGAUUAUCCCUGGAACUCGGCGGAGGUGUCCUGAGUCAUAUGCCUCUACUCGUGGAUCAGAUCAUGGGUGGGUAUCUCGAGGAUGAGUUAGAAACAGACAAGCAAGACCGGGUCGAGGAGGUGAUCGAUGUCCCCGACACAAAGCCCGACAGUUACAUGGACGAAAUGGACGUGGAUGAGGCGGAGCUCGACUGGGAAGGUGGGACAGUCACGGAUCGGGAGCAAUUGGGUGCCCUUCUGGAUGAGUGUCUGUCAAUGGCCUCGUGA